AUGACCCUGACUUUUGAUACAGAGAGGGCCAAGGCCCAUAUCCAGCGUUUCAAUAACGAGACCGUGGUUUAUAAGCCUUCUCCGAAGACGAAAGCCAGAUACGACCUGUCAGAUGGGCCUCACAAAUGGGCGUGGCGGUGGAACAGACUUAGGUUAAUCUCGCAUCACAGACUGAAGUAG